GUCAUUUAGAAAUAUGUAUUUUCAGUAAAUGUUUUAAUUACAGUUAGAGAAAUAUAUAUUCGAUAUCUUACAAAUUGUAGUUUAUGGAACUAAUUCUGAACGAGAAAUUCCGCCAUAUUACUUUUCAAGUUUGACAUUUCUUUUACUUUGAGCACGUUUUUAGGAAAAGCUCUACAAUGCAGAUCUUCGUAAAAACCCUCACGGGUAAAACCAUCACCCUCGAGGUGGAAGCCUCAGACACCAUCGAAAAUGUGAAGGCAAAGAUCCAGGACAAAGAGGGAAUCCCACCAGACCAGCAACGUCUUAUCUUCGCUGGUAAACAGUUGGAAGAUGGCCGUACUCUCUCUGAUUACAACAUCCAAAAGGAAUCCACCCUCCACUUGGUGCUCAGGUUGAGAGGAGGUAAGACUUCAACUUUCUCUACAAUGCAGAUCUUCGUAAAAACCCUCACGGGUAAAACCAUCACCCUCGAGGUGGAAGCCUCAGACACCAUCGAAAAUGUGAAGGCAAAGAUCCAGGACAAAGAGGGAAUCCCACCAGACCAGCAACGUCUUAUCUUCGCUGGUAAACAGUUGGAAGAUGGCCGUACUCUCUCUGAUUACAACACAAAGGAAUCCACCCUCCACUUGGUGCUCAGGUUGAGAGGAGGUACCAUUGAGCCUUCCCUCCGUAUUCUGGCCAUGAAGUACAACUGUGACAAAAUGAUUUGCCGCAAGUGCUAUGCUCGCCUUCACCCCCGUGCUACCAACUGCCGCAAGACCAAGUGUGGACACACCAACAACCUGCGCCCCAAGAAGAAGCUGAAGGAUUAAAUUAUUUUAUUUCUUUCAAUUGCAUAGCAUUACCAAUUUACCAUCUUACAUUUUGCUAUUCAUUUAAUUAAGAUGACAAAAUUAAUAAAAAUGUAACAGCAAAA